CUAGGAAUAACAACUUGCCUGGUCCUAAGACUCACCUGGUGCUAAGACUCACCUGGUGGUUAGACUCACCUGGUGGUUCGACUCACCUGGUGGUUAGACUCACCUGGUGGAGAGACUCACCUGGUGCUGAGACUCACCUGGUGGAGAGACUCACCUGGUGCUAGGACUCACCUGGUGGUUACUCACCUGGUGGUUAGACUCACCUGGUGCUAAGACUCACCUGGUGCUAAGACACACCUGGUGCUAAGACACACCUGGUGGUUACACUCACCUGGUGGUUAGACUCACCUAGUAGUUAGACUCACCUUUUGGAUAGAUUCACCUGGUUCAGCCAGGAUCCGUGGUGUGAAACCGAGUGAGAGACAGUGAGUCCUGUUUAGCCUCUAAGUGGCCCCUCUAGUUGGCCCCCCUAAGUGGUCGCUCUAAGUGCCCCCUCUAAGUGCCCCCUCUAAGUGGCCCCUCUAAGUGGCCCCUCUGAACCAGCUCUCCCAGGAUGCCCACCAACUUCACGGUGGUGCCGGUGAACGACGGGCCCCCAGGACUCCCGGGGGCCCCUGGGAGAGACGGAGGGUCCCCCCCAGGGGCCGCCGUGCCGGAGACCCUGGACAGCGUGUUCAGAGAGGAGGAGGAUUCAGGGAACACACCAGGAACCCCCCCCGGAGACAACCGAAGAGAGACCCGCCCCUUCCUCCCAGACCAGGAAACGGGAGGCUACUAUGAUGGAAAGAACAUGGCAUUGUUCGAGGAGGAGAUUGACAGCCACCCCAUGGUCUCCUCCCUCCUCAACAAGCUGGCCAACUACACCAACCUAACCCAGGGGGUCCGGGAGCAUGAGGAAGCCGAGUACGAGGACGGGGCGCCCAGGGUCACAGUCACGGGCCCUCAGAUGGGGACCUUCAUCGGGGUGUACCUGCCCUGCAUGCAGAACAUCCUGGGAGUCAUCCUCUUCCUGCGCCUCACCUGGAUCGUCGGGACCGCCGGCGUCCUGGGAACCUUCGCCAUCGUCUUCAUGUGCUGUGCCUGCACCAUGUUGACGGCCAUCUCAAUGAGCGCCAUAGCAACCAACGGUGUGGUGCCAGCCGGGGGGGCCUACUACAUGAUCUCCAGAUCUCUGGGCCCCGAGGUCGGGGGGGCAGUCGGACUCUGCUUCUACCUGGGGACCACCUUCGCAGGGUCCCUGUACAUACUGGGAACCAUCGAGAUACUGCUGACCUACAUCGUGCCGUCCAGCGGGGUGUUUGUGGCGGCGCGGCCGGAGGACGAGGCCUGGGCCACCAGCAACAACCUGCGGGUGUACGGCAGCGCCUGCCUGGCCCUCAUGGCGCUGGUCGUGUUCGUGGGCGUCAAGUAUGUGAACAAGCUGGCGCUGGUGUUCCUGGCCUGUGUGGCGUUGUCCCUCAUGGCCAUCUACGCCGGGGUCAUCCGCACCGUCAUCGAACCGCCCGACUUCCCGAUCUGCCUGCUCGGAAACCGUUCUAUGAAGAACGAUAAGUUUGAUAAGUGUGCUAAGACGGAGCUGGUGAACAACGAGACCCAGACCACACUCCUCUGGGCUUUGUUCUGCAAUGGCUCGCACCUCAACGCCACCUGUGAUGAGUACUUCACUCUCAACAACGUCACGGAGAUGCCUGGAAUACCUGGCCUACUUAGUGGAGUCAUCAAAGAUAACCUGUGGGGGUCCUACGGGCCGGCGGGGAUCUUCGUGGAGAGGCGUGGCAGCGUGUCAGAGGAGGUCCAGGAGAACCUGGUCAUGGAUAAACCCUACGUCCUCAACGACAUCUCCACCUUCUUCACCCUGCUGGUCGGCAUCUACUUCCCCUCCGUCACAGGCAUCAUGGCGGGCUCUAACAGGUCAGGUGACCUCCGUGACGCCCAGAGGUCCAUCCCCGUGGGAACCAUCCUGGCCAUCGCCACUACCUCCCUCAUCUACAUGUCCUGCGUGGUUUUGUUCGGGGCCUGCAUUGAAGGCGUUCUCCUCAGAGACAAGUUCGGAGCCUCGGUGGGGAAGAACCUUGUGAUUGGGACACUGGCCUGGCCGUCACCCUGGGUCAUCGUGAUUGGCUCCUUCUUCUCCUGCUGUGGGGCGGGGCUUCAGAGCCUCACCGGCGCCCCCCGGUUGCUGCAGGCGAUAGCGAGAGACGGCAUCAUCCCCGCCCUGCAGGUGUUCGGCCAUGGGAAGGCCAAUGGCGAGCCCACCUGGGCGCUCCUGAUGACCGUGGGGAUCUGUGAGAUCGGGAUCCUGAUCGCCUCGCUGGACGCCGUCGCCCCCAUCCUCUCCAUGUUCUUCCUGAUGUGUUACCUCUUCGUGAACCUGGCCUGUGCCGUCCAGACCCUCCUCAGGACCCCCGCCUGGAGACCCCGCUUCAAGUUCUACCACUGGACGCUGUCCUUCCUGGGGAUGAGUCUGUGUCUGUCCCUCAUGUUCAUCUCCUCCUGGUACUACGCCCUGGUUGCCAUGGUGAUCGCUGGCUGCAUGUACAAGUACAUCGAGUACCGAGGGGCGGUGAAGGAGUGGGGAGACGGGAUCCGAGGGUUAUCUCUUAACGCGGCACGCUAUGCCCUGAUCCGCCUGGAGGAGGCACCGCCGCACACCAAGAAUUGGCGCCCCCAGCUGCUGGUCCUGUGUAAGCUGGACUCUGACCUGGAGGUGAAGCACCCCAGACUGCUGUCCCUCACCACCCAGAUGAAGGCUGGGAAGGGGCUGACCAUCGUCAGCUCGGUCCUGGAGGGCACCUACAUGGGCCGGGGGGCCGAGGCCAAGACUGGAGAGCAGAGGCUGAAGGCGGCCAUGCAGGAGGAGAAGACCAAGGGCUUCAGCCACGUGGUGGUGACCUCCAGCCUGAGGGACGGCUUCAGCCUGCUGGUCCAGGCCGCCGGGCUGGGGGGCAUGAAGCACAACACAGUGCUGCUGGCCUGGCCCGCCGGCUGGAGGGGGGCGCCGGACUACUGCUGGAAGAACUUCAUAGAGACGGUGAGGGAGACCACCUCGGCCCACCAGGCCCUGCUGGUGGCUAAGAACAUCGACCGUUUCCCCGGUAACCAGCAGCGUCUGGAGGGCACGGUGGACGUGUGGUGGAUCGUCCACGACGGAGGCCUCCUCAUGCUGCUGCCCUUCCUGCUGAAACAACACAAGGUGUGGAAGCAGUGCAGGAUGCGUAUCUUCACUGUUGCCCAGAUGAAUGAUAACUCCAUCCAGAUGAAGAAGGACCUCCAGAUGUUCCUGUACCAACUUCGUCUGGACGCCCAGGUGGAGGUGGUGGAGAUGCAUGAGAGUGAUAUCUCAGCCUUCACCUAUGAGAAGACUCUGGUGAUGGAGCAGAGAUCUCAGAUGCUCAAACAGAUGCAGCUGUCUCGCAACGAGCGGCAGAGAGAGGCCCAGCUGAUCCACGACCUCAACACGGCGUCUCAUUGUUCGAGCAGCGAGCGGGCGGCGCCGGAGCAGGUCCAGAUGACCUGGACCAAAGAGAAGCUGAUCACCGAGAGGAACCGCCACAGGGAGGGCGUGGGGGUGAAGGACCUGUUCAGCAUGAGGCCGGAAUGGGAAAAUCUUAACCGCUCCAACGUGCGGAGGAUGCACACGGCCGUCAAACUGAACGCAGCCGUGCUCACCAAGUCCCAGGACGCCGAGCUGGUCCUGCUCAACAUGCCAGGACCCCCGCGCAACGCAGAGGGAGACCAGAACUACAUGGAGUUCCUGGAGGUGCUGAUGGAGGGUCUGGAGCGGGUGCUGCUGAUCCGGGGGGGGGGGCGCGAAGUCAUCACCAUCUACUCCUAG